AUGAAGAGCCUGCUCGCUCUCGCAUCGGCGGCGCUCGCCGCUGCGCAAAACGCCACAACACAAUCUCCCUGUGCGGUUGUCGCGUCCCAACUUGCAAUCUCUCAGGCUGCGGAGAUAGCAGCCAUUGACGCGUUCAAUUGCCUGAAUUCUGUUCCCGUCGACACCCAAGGGAACUCCAAGCUCAUCGAUGAGCUCAAGCAACUGUGGCAAUUUCAUUCAGAAAUUGUCUGGCUGAAGAACCCUGGGAGCGACUGGGAAUAUGGUCCUCUGGACAUCAUGGCCGAGUUGGACAAGAUCAAGUCCAAUCUGGAAUCAUACGAGAGCGAGUAUGCUGUUCAGCUGGCGAUCCAAAACCUUACAGUCCGCACUGGCAACUUCCACUUCAACUACUCGCCCGAUAUCCUCUCAGUCUUCAGCUUCCGAAGAAGGUUCGAAAUUGCUUCUAUCUCCUCCGACGGCAAAGCACUCCCCAAGCUCUACUUUAACGACGAUGUCGCAGCCCUUGCUGAUGGUGACGAUGGCGUUUUCGACAUUGAGUCGAUCAAUGGCAUGAAACCCUACGAUUUCCUCCAGGCCAACCUUUACUCACAGUACAUCAAUUCGGAUGGUCGGAUGAACAACAUGUUUGCCAAAGGUGAUACCAAACGCUCUGGUGCGUUUGUCUAUCAAGACAAGUACGACGGCAACAGUACCGACGUUGUCUGGUCCAAUUCCAAGCAGGAAUCCUUCUCAAAUUAUGCAACCACUAGACUGAGUUUUGAGGGCGUCGAUAAUGGAGAGACUUUCUUCAAGACUUUCUGCACUGGGGCGAUCACAGGCGCCAAGGUUAGUGCCUCGGACGACAAGGACAAAGAAGUCAUUUCCCCUGGUAUUCUCGGUCCUGUGCCUACCAUUCCUACUGGCUCCAACUAUCUAAGCUCCCGAACCAACAAACGUCAGAGCAUCCCCUCUGGUGGUGCUUACGCAAACGCUGUCGCCGAGGCCAAGACCGGUACCGUCGCCGGUUACUUCUUGAAAGAGGGCGGUUUCAGUGAUGUCGCGGUCCUCAAGAUCAUUUCCUUCAGCAACCCCGACUCGAGAAAGUUUGACGACGCUUUCUUCAGCAACGACUUCCAAGCCACGAUCCAGUCUUUCCUCGAGCAGUGCAUUGCCCAAAACAAGCAGAAGCUGAUCAUCGACCUCCGCGAGAACGGCGGAGGCGACACCAACCUUUUGAUCGAUGCUUUCAUGCAGCUCUUUCCCGACAUGGAUCCAUUCUCCGGACAGCGAUACAGGGCUACGGAUGCCUUCAAUAAAAUCGGAGAUGUUGUCAACGAAGUUUACACCAAUUCCGAUCUAGCCACCAAGUUUCAAGCCACAGUUGGCCAAGGCAUUGUGGACGGUUUUUUCUUCCGAUACUGGGCCUGGUGGCACUUCCGUACUGCUGAGGGCAACAACUUUGAUAGCUGGGAUGAAUUCAACGGACCUCACACCUUCAACAAUGACAAAUUCACCACCACCUUCCGUUACAAUUACUCCAACGCGGACCGCGUCUCGGUUCUUCCCGAUGGCUUCAACUUCGUCAAUGGCUCACGACCAACUGCUUUCCAACCUUCCAAUGUUGUCAUGUUCACAGAUGCACUCUGUGGUUCAUCAUGUGCCUCGUUCCACGAGGAGCUCAAGAAUAUUGCUGGUGUCAAGGCUGUCACUGUCGGUGGACGACCCGAGAACAAGCCCAUCGAAACCGUUGCUGGUACUAAGGGCGGAGAAGUCAUCCCUCUCUUCCAGUUUUCUAAAUACGCCAAGGUCGCCCUACAAUUCUCCUCUACUGCUGGCCUCAGUUCCGUCCAGAGCAACGAUUCAACCCUCUCUGCGGUUGCCAAUGUUCCUAAUAUUGCCAUCCGUGUUGGCGACUCCUCAUCUAGAGCUCAGUCCCAGGAUCAGAUUCGCAAGGGUGACGAGACUGCCACUCCUCUGCAAUACAUCUACGAAGCCGCCGACUGCCGUAUCUUCUAUACCGCAAAGUCCUUCGCUGAUCCUGUCGAGGCCUGGAAGCAGGUCUGGUCCGCAUACUCUGACAACAGCAAGUGUGUCGAGGGCUCCACCGGCGAUAAGAGCAGUAUCAGUGGUGGGUACAAGUUAUACGGUUCUGCUGAGGUCAAACCUGAGGAUGAGCCACCCGCUUAUGUAUCGACCUCCGGGGAGAAUACUGCCAGGUCUACCCAGCUGGGAUCGCUGGGCAUAGCGUUUCUUGCUGUCGUAUUUGCAAUUCUAAUCUAG